UCAUUGUCUCUUCACUAUGAUAUGUGCUGACCUGGUCACAGCCGGCCCCCGGUGUCCUGGGGGCGCGCCUCUCUGCGGGCUGCGAAACGUGCAAGAGUGGGCGAGGCCUUGCGGGAACGUGCAGCUGCAGGAGAGCCCCGCCCAUACACCAUCCCUCACCCACCAUGCAUGACCUGACUGCCCAUAUAUAAAAUUGAAGCGCCAGGUCCUCCCAAAACUCUGCGCGAGGCAGGCGGUAGGUGCGUUCUACUCCAGAGCUCUUCCCCAAAAUAAAGUAGGCGUAAAGAUGUUCAGAACGACCAGGUCCCCACUGAUGCAACCCUUGUCCAACUCAGGAACGGGCAUGGCGCCGGUCUUCAAGGUGACUGUGUACGAGCAGGAGCAUUUCCAGGGCAAGUGCCUGGAGUUCACCUCAGAGUGUGUUAAUAUCCAGGAGUGUGGUCUGGACAACAUCCGCUCCAUCAGGGUAGAGAGUGGCGCCUGGGUCGGUUUUGAGCACCAUGACUUCCAAGGCCAGCAGUUGAUCCUUGAGAGAGGUGAAUACCCCCACUGGGACUCCUACAGCGGCUCCCUCUCUUACCACGUCGAACGUCUCAUGUCUCUACGCCCCAUCCACUGCGCUUCUCACCAGAGCAGCCGCAUGAUCAUCUUUGAGAAGGAGAAUUUCAUGGGCCUCAGCGUAGAGGUCUGUGAUGACUACCCCUCUCUGCAGGCCAUGGGCUGGCUGACGCCUGAAGUGGGCUCCAUGCAGGUGCAGUGUGGCGCCUUUGUGUGCUACCAGUUCCCUGGCUACAGGGGCCAGCAGUACAUCAUGGAGUCCGAGAGACACAGUGGGGAGUACCAGCAUUGCAAAACCUGGGGCUCCCACUGCCAAACUCCCCAGAUCCAGUCCAUCAGGCGCAUCCAGCACUGAGAGGAGGACAGCAAGUCUGACACGACAGCUCCUUUCUACCUAUGAUCGACUCCUUCUGUCUCCUCUUCAUUCCUGUUAAUGCUGUUUCACAGAUGAGUGUGAUUAGAGACAAUAUGGCACUGCUAAAGCACAGGGACCUCUACAAUCCACACACACAUGGCGACAUGGAGGACACCCGGGGUAAGGUGUCUUUUUAUUUGGUUCGAGGGCCCACCUCACAAAGACACACACUGAGCUGCGAUUGAAGGCCACCUGGAGGGGGAUUUCGAAGUUGUGGCGCAGUUCCAAGUGUGCCCAUUUUGUGUGGCGGUCGACUCACAGCAGGUUGAUAGCAAAUAAAGUCAUUUUCACUUCAAAUAUGUGUAACGUUCUACUUCUUUUCCUGAAAUACUUGCCACAUACACUGGCUGGCAACCAGUUCAGGGUGUACCCUGCCUGCUGCUCGAAGACCCUUAUGAGGAUAAAGUGUUUCAGAUAAUGGAAGGAUAGAUAGCUAGACAUCCGGCCCGUCUUCAGGAAGUGGGGGGGUUCACAGAUAUUGACAAAUGUAUCACUCUUCUCUGUGGCAUGCGGUUAUAUAACCAAGCACGAGAAAUCAAAACUAAGUUUUAUUGUAGCAAAAUGGCUGUGGAUUGAACUGAGGCAAUUGUAUUCACAACAAAUGAACAACUUCUAAACAGU